UGUUUCAACUGAGGCCGGCAGCUGAGUGAGGCGCGCUGUGGGGCGAACCGCCAGCAGAGGGCCUGACGAGAGAGCCUCCCCCGUCACUUGUUGGUGUUGUUGUUUCUCCGCUUGGCUCCUUGCAGCUCUUGUACAUACAUACCCACGUCAGGCUCGGGUCGCUCGGCAUCCCACCCGCCAUGCACAAUGGCGGCAUUGCAUCUCGACAACUGCUCCAGUUGUGCACAAAGGGGCAAAACAGUGACACUGCGGGGUGGUAUCUUGGCGGCGCUAUCCCCUGUGUUGCUUGGACUGUUUCUUCAUGCUGUUGUGACGUGGUUUGGCCCUCUGCCAAAGGUUGAAGGUUCCGAGCUGGCUGAAAUGGAACGGAGAUCUGCCAGCGAUGGCGUCCUGCACGAGGGACGCGAGAAACAAAGGUCCCAUGCACCCACUUGUGGAUUGUCGGUCUCGGGCCGGGUCGUCGGGCUGCCCUGUGCCUUGCCCGUGAUCCUUCCAGGGUUCCAUCGGAGUUUCGUGUCAACCUCUGUUGGCUUGCUGAUGACUCGCAUUGUUGGGCCUUGUCUUUCUUUCGGUUUGUUUUUUUUGCCUUUGUAUUUUCAAAUUUGAUUUGCCCAAACAAGCAAAAGCCUGGGGCUGUGUGGUCUCGCAAGUGCAGGCGGAGGGGCGAGAUUCAAAGCUGGGGAG